GUCUCCCUUAACAACCCCGGGCUCCUCCCCUUCCGACUAAACUGUACUUUGGUCAAACUGUUGGAUAGCCGAUGACCGACUGGGCCCCGGGGUCAGCGUCGAUAAUUAAUAAAAGUGUCCUCGCAUAAUACCGGCGUCAUGCCGAGGAAGAGGGUCGUCCAGCGCGACGGGUCGUCUUCCGCUGCCGGAAAAGUCCAGGGCUCCGCCAAAGUCCAGACGAAGGGGAAACCGUCCCGAUGGUGGCUGACAGGAGGAGUGUCGGCCGUCUUUGUCAUCGUCUUUUUGUCGCCUUACUUGCAGAAAAAAGUCCCAGAAUUAAUCCAGCACCUUGUUUACGCUCACAGAAUCAGGGUGCCUUUCUUUGUUGACCUCAGUCGACCCGCUGAUCGCUCCCUUAAUCACACCAUCAACAUGUACUUAACAUCAGAAGUAGGAAUCUCUCUUGGGGUAUGGCACACUGUUCCUGAAAGACUUGGGAAAGAGGCUCACGGGAAGGACUUGGCAUGGUACCAGAACGCUUUCAGGGACGGGAGUCCAGUUUUCAUAUAUCUUCAUGGGAACACCGGCACAAGGGCAGAAACUCAUCGGGUGGGAGUGGCGAAGGUACUGAGUGCGCUGGGUUACCACGUGCUGGUGCCGGACUACAGAGGGUUCGGAGAUUCCACCGGGGAGCCGACUGAAGCCGGCCUGACGACCGAUGCCCUCUACUUAUACAACUGGGUCAAAGCCCGCAGCGGAAACAGCCUGGUCAUCGUCUGGGGACACUCUCUUGGCACCGGAGUGGCCACAAACACUGCAGUAAAACUGAGUGAGCAAGGGAAGGAUGUCCCGGCUGUGAUGCUGGAGGGCACAUUCAAUACUGCUCGACAGCCGAUACUGGUCCAUCCUUUUACCUGGUAUUACUGGAAGUUCCCGGGCAUUGGGUACUUUUUCCCCGAGCCGUGGGCGGAAAACAAGAUCGUCUUUCCGACUGAAGAGAAUUUGAAGAAGAUGACAUGUCCAAUCCUGUUCCUUCAUGCAGAGGACGACCAAAUUCAGGUUGCUCAGCAGCUGUACGAGGUCGCAGCGAGUGCCCAGAAUGCAGAGCGAGUCAAGCUGGUGUCGUUUGACGGCUCUCUGGGGUAUCUGCACAACGGCUUAUAUCGGGACCCCCUUCUGCCCGACAUCAUAAAGAAGUUUGUGCUGUCCUUAUAAUGUCGGAAAGACGGCUGAAGAAGGAAAAACGUGCCAGUUUGAUCAAGAACUCCAUUUGGAUGUUUCGCUUUGUCUUGACGACUGCGCAUGUGCUGCACAAGCGUGUGAUUUGCUUUAAAUUUAACCAUUUUUUUUAUGAAUCCAAAAUCUUUGUGUCGAUCCAUGUUUGCCUUCGGAGCACCUCGGAAGCCGAACGGUUACCGUGCACGCCCGAUGGCUGCAACCUCGCACUGUUAUCAGUCUGUCUUUACGCAGUCAUCUGUCUCAGGAAAAAGAAGAAGCCAUUGUUGCAUCAGGUUUCCUCUACUGGGCAUUGUUGUGUGGUGAUAAUGCUCAUCUGUAAUACUGAAUAAUGAGUUUGGUAAUCCGAGGCUUAAGAUUUCUCGUUGUCAGUGACAUCUCAGAACAAUACAAGGAGAGCAGCUGGCGAAAUGUUUGUGGCUUUGAGAAAAAAAGAAAAUGUUUUAACCACAUAGUACGCAGCACUGCAUUGGGCAUUCAGAUAUGUGCCGGGAUCUUAGUUCACAUUUUAUUGCUGUUUCAUUCCAAUAAAUGUGGCAACUGCCUGUGCCAACCAGCA